AUGCGCGAAUGUAAUUGUUUGCAUGAACCGACCGAUGGUGUCGCAGGUGAUGUGAACCUGAUCUUGGUGAUUGGCAUUUUGCCAGUAUUGGCAGUUCUCGGAAUUGUACUAAAUUUCAUAAACAUUAUCGUAUUUGCCUCACAACGGAACACAGCUGCGAAAUAUCUGACAGCGCUCAGCUGCAGUGAUGUUGGAGUAUGUGUAGCCGGUGUAGUCGUCAUUUUCGCCGAUUCACUUCGAGCACGUUCCUUUGUUGUAGACCAGAUAUUUGUUUUUCUACUUCCCAAGCUUAUUCCGCUCGGAUUAUUCUUCCAGAUGCUCUCGGUCUACAUUACAGUUUUGGCUGCGUUUGACUGCUUCGUAUCGGUCUUACGUGGCACUUUAUCCUGUAAUUCGCGAUCCACAUGGGCCCCAAGAGUGCUAGCUGGAGUGGUCAUUACUGUCGCGGCCUACAAUUCCGUCCAGUUUGCUGAUCUUGAGGCUGUAGAAUGCCUCCAUCCGGACAACUACACCCUCUAUGAACUUUGCCCAACAGAGCUUCGAAUCAGCGAGCUUUAUGUCGUCGUUUACAAGGGUUAUAUGUACGCGCUCACUAUGGCAUUCAUUCCAUUUCUUCUACUCACCAUUUUAACUAUCGGAAUACUGUAUCUUCUCAGAAAAAAGCAACAAACGGCUGAGAAGGUCAAAUGUGUUGAACAAGAAGAUCAGGGCUCGCCCGUUGUAUUACUACUGGUUAUUGUGUUGUUUUUGGCUUGCAACGUGAUAUCUCUACUUGUCAGCCUGUUUGAAAUGCUCAAAAUACAUCUCGGCACAGCCGCAGAUGCGAUUCUUAUAGAUGUUGGGAAUCUACUGGUGGUUGUGAAUGCAACAGCGAAUUUUUUUGUCUACUGGGGAUCAUCAGAGGAGUACAAAAACUCUGUGCGAGGACUCGUGCGCAGAUGUAUAACACGACGGAAAGCUAUAGAUCUGGUUUCAAAUCACACUAAUGCUGAAUAUGUUUGA